GGGGGAGGGCUGUGUGCCGGAAAUGCGUCACCAGUUGGUGAGGGGAAGGAAGGAGAGCGCAGGCGUGGGAAGAAGCGAGGAUUCCGGUGGGAGCGUGAGUUUUGGCGCUCUGGUUCCGCGGAGAGGAGAAGGAAGCCAGCUUCGUCCGAGUGGAAUUUGACCUGCCACGAUGGGUGAACCUCAGCAAGUGAGUGCCCUCCCUCCACCUCCAAUGCAGUAUAUUAAAGAAUAUACUGAUGAAAAUAUCAGGAAAGGUCUUGCCCCCAAGCCUCCACCGCCCAUUAAAGACAGCUACAUGAUGUUUGGAAACCAGUUCCAAUGUGAUGAUCUCAUUAUCCGGCCGUUGGAAAGUCAAGGCAUUGAACGAUUGCAUCCCAUGCAGUUUGAUCAUAAGAAGGAACUAAGGAAGCUCAAUAUGUCUAUUCUAAUCAACUUCUUGGACCUCUUGGAUAUAUUGAUAAGAAGUCCAGGCAGCAUAAAACGAGAAGAGAAGCUAGAAGACUUAAAACUGCUUUUUGUCCAUGUGCACCAUCUUAUAAAUGAAUAUCGGCCCCACCAAGCAAGGGAGACGCUGAGAGUCAUGAUGGAAGUGCAGAAGCGCCAACGUCUGGAAACUGCUGAAAGGUUUCAGAAGCACUUAGAAAGAGUUGUUGAAAUGAUCCAGAACUGCCUGGCCUCUUUGCCUGAUGAUUUACCUCACUCAGAUGAAGCAAUGAGGAUAAAAAGUGAACCCAUGGACCUUGAGGAUGGCAUGAAUUGCAUUGGACAGAAUGAACAACAGAGAACUUGCCCUAGUGUCAAAAAGGAUCAGAUUUUGGAUAAAGAUGCUACAAUCAGUGGCAUUAUUGAUGAAAUGACAUGAAGAAAGGAUUAUUUGGGAUUCUCUUUCUGUCACCCAAAGAGUUCUCAAGAGCAAAAACUUAAGAUAAAGGAUUCUGUAAAUUUUGAUAUUUUUCUCCCGUGCAUUUUGAGAUAAAUGAUCAUGAAACACAUUCUGUAAGAUGAGUUAACUAUGUUUUGUAGCCUUGACUUUAAAGAAAAAAUUAAUAGACACAUUGCUGUAAUAUGUUACUUUUGCAACGAGUCACUGUCCAAAUUGUACUGAUGCUCAUUUUGCUUAGUUGUAUAACAGCUUCUUGAAGAAAUAUGGAUAUUCUGGUUUGUAAAAGAGUUAAUACUUAAAUUCCACCUGGCUUUGAAGAUCAGUGUACUACUUACAUAGUUUUGUUUGAUACAACUUUGUCUGAAAGCAAGCCAAUCUUGCAUCUUAAACAAUGAUCCCUACUAUCUUUAUUUGACUGCAAUGCAAGGUUUUGUGGAUCUGUAAAGCCUUGAGUCUGUAGUUGGCUUGCUCUUGAAGAUUACUGGGUUGACUUAAGCAUAAUCAUGGUGGGUUGCAUUCAGUGGUGGUUUUGCACUAGUGGAAAGUAAUAUUAAUCGAAAGCAGGGCAUCCAGCUUUCACUGACAUCACUUACUGCAUCUUUUUGUGAUAUGUUCCAUACCAACAUCAGUAGUUUUUUAAAAAAAAAAAUCUGGGUGGGGAAACUGGACACCCUUACAUGCAUACUUUUUGCUAGUCAAUAUGCACAAGUAUGUGGUAAAGCAAGCAAACGUUGCAUGUGGAAAGUGGGACAUUAAUGUAACAACUGUAAAUGAGUAGCCAUCCCUCGUUGUUAGUUUGGUGUGUAAUGACUGGCUUACUUUGCUGCAUAAGAAGAGAAUGGCAAAUAAUAAUUUUUAAAAAAAUCAUCAAGAUAACGAUCCUUGCUUUGUUCUGUGCAAUGGCUACUGACUCUUAUGGGCUUUUUGUAAUUUUGUCACUACAAUUAUAUUACCUUUGUGUCUUUCUUUCUAGAAUGCUUUGUGUUUUCAUUCUGUAUAUUAGAUUCAGUCGGUUUAUUUUGUUAGUCUUUGCUCUGUUGUAUCAUGAAUGCCUAAAUAUUGCUUUUUCACUUAAGGGAAGGAAUUUAGAGUGGGAUUGCAUUAAACAUACACAUUUCUAUAAA